AGUGGCCGCCCGAGGAGGAAGUUCCGCUCCCCGCCAGACCCGUGCGCUAGCAACAGCGGCGGCUGCGAGGGCGCAGGCAUUUGGGGCGCGAAUGCCCUUCGCGCCGGCCGUCGAGGGGGCAGCGGCGGAGCUCUCCCCGAAGCGUGGAGCCUGGGGGCGGUGUCGGGAGGCGCGGGCGUGCAAGACUCCCUUCCCGCGGCUUCGCCCAGCGCCGCCGCUUCGCCUUCCCGGCGAGGCGGGAGACCUCUUUCCUUCCCUGUUGGCAGACUUCCGAGGAGCCCCUUAUUUUUCCACCACCGAGGUGAAGAGGUUCUGGAAUCGAAGCAUCAGAGGUGGUUAAGUGCACCUUCUGCAACUCCUCGGAUCUGGUCAGUCUCCCUUUGGGGCGGGAGACCACAUUGGAGCAUCUCACUGGGGUGCAGGAAUGGAAGACCCCACCUUGCAUCCUUUCUGCAGUGUUGCUUGCCUCAUCUACUCUUAGGAAUGAAGAGGAGACUUGUGAUAACCCGAUGAGGUACUGAAAACCAAAUGGCAGAGAAAAUAUUACAGGACACAAACUAGUGAUCGUGUGGGGGCCACGCUCGUUUCUGAAUGUAAUUGGACGAGCGUGAAAGAGGUGCCCUAUUAAAAAGCACAGGAGUCCUUUAAGAGGAACAAAAUUGAGUUUUUCCAUUUUUUUGCCAAGAUUUUGGAGACUGUUCAAUGUAUUGUACGUCUGAUAUAAGAUGAGAACUUUGUAAGAUAUUCUGUUCAAGAGCGUAAACGAUGACUACCCCGGCCCUGCUGCCCUUAUCUGGACGAAGGAUACCACCUCUGAACCUGGGGCCGCCUUCCUUCCCACAUCACAGGGCUACCUUGAGACUUUCCGAGAAGUUUAUCCUCCUCCUUAUUCUAAGUGCCUUCAUCACCCUGUGUUUUGGGGCAUUCUUCUUCCUUCCAGACUCUUCAAAACACAAACGCUUUGAUCUGGGUUUGGAAGAUGUGUUAAUUCCUCAUGUAGAUGCCAGCAAAGGGGCUAAAAACCCUGGAGUCUUCCUGAUCCAUGGACCUGAUGAACAUAGACACAGGGAAGAAGAGGAACGUUUGAGAAAUAAAAUUCGAGCUGAUCAUGAGAAGGCCCUGGAAGAAGCAAAAGAAAAAUUAAAAAAGUCAAGGGAGGAAAUUCGAGCAGAAAUUCAGACAGAGAAAAAUAAGGUAGUCCAAGAGAUGAAGACAAAAGAGAAGAAGCCACUGCCGCCAGUCCCUAUACCAAAUCUAAUAGGAAUAAAUGGUGGAGACCCAGAAGAUAAUGACAUAAGAAAGAAAAGGGAAAAAAUUAAAGAGAUGAUGAAACAUGCCUGGGAUAAUUAUAGGAUAUAUGGAUGGGGACAUAAUGAACUCAGACCUAUUGCAAGGAAAGGGCACUCCACCAAUAUAUUUGGAAGUUCACAAAUGGGUGCUACCAUAGUAGAUGCUUUGGAUACCCUUUAUAUCAUGGGACUUCAUGGUGAAUUCCGAGAUGGGCAAAAAUGGAUUGAAGACACCCUUGAUUUCAGUGUGAAUUCAGAGGUGUCUGUGUUUGAAGUCAACAUUCGAUUUAUUGGAGGCCUGCUUGCAGCUUAUUACCUUUCAGGAGAAGAGAUAUUCAAGAUUAAAGCAGUUCAACUGGCUGAGAAACUCCUUCCUGCCUUUAACACGCCUACUGGGAUUCCUUGGGCAAUGGUGAAUCUGAAAAGUGGAGUAGGGCGAAACUGGGGCUGGGCAUCUGCAGGUAGCAGCAUUCUUGCUGAAUUUGGUACGCUGCAUAUGGAGUUUGUCCACCUCAGCUACUUGACAGGGGACCCAGUUUACUACAAAAAGGUAAUGCACAUUCGGAAACUCCUUCAGAAGAUGGAUCGUCCAAAUGGUCUUUACCCAAAUUAUUUGAACCCAAGAACAGGUCGCUGGGGUCAGUACCAUACAUCAGUUGGCGGGCUGGGAGACAGUUUUUAUGAAUACCUACUAAAAGCAUGGUUGAUGUCAGAUAAAACAGACCAUGAGGCGAGAAAAAUGUAUGAUGAUGCUAUUGAGGCUAUAGAGAAACAUCUUAUUAAGAAGUCCCGAGGAGGUCUCACCUUUAUUGGAGAAUGGAAAAACGGGCACUUGGAAAAGAAGAUGGGGCAUUUGGCCUGUUUUGCUGGGGGAAUGUUUGCACUGGGAGCAGAUGGUUCCAGAAUGGAUAAAGCUGGUCAUUAUUUAGAGCUAGGGGCAGAAAUUGCACGUACAUGUCAUGAGUCAUAUGACAGAACUGCAUUAAAGCUGGGUCCUGAAUCGUUCAAGUUUGAUGGCGCAGUAGAGGCUGUGGCAGUCCGGCAGGCUGAAAAGUAUUACAUCCUCCGUCCAGAAGUAAUUGAAACCUAUUGGUACCUGUGGCGAUUCACUCACGAUCCAAGAUACAGGCAGUGGGGCUGGGAAGCAGCACUGGCUAUUGAAAAGUAUUGCCGAGUCAGUGGUGGAUUUUCUGGGGUGAAGGAUGUGUAUUCUUCUACUCCUACACAUGAUGAUGUACAACAGAGCUUCUUUCUUGCUGAAACGUUAAAAUAUUUGUAUCUGCUGUUCUCCAGUGAUGACCUUUUACCUUUAGACCACUGGGUAUUCAAUACAGAGGCUCAUCCUCUGCCCGUGUUACAUUUAGCCAACACCACACUUUCAGGAAAUCCUGCUGUUCGAUGAAAGCGGCUCCAGAAAGACCAUUCUCACCUGUGUUUUGUUUACAUGGACUACUACAGAAAUUAGUCUGGAGAGGGGGCUUUGGGAAACCUGGACCUCAUAAGUCACCAUGGCAGGGUGAAACAUGACUAUGCCCCACAGGACUUUUCAACUUGUAGAUAUCUCAACUUUGAAAUGAUUCCAUUUUAUACCUGACCAAAAUAUAUUCUGGUAUUACGUAAGACAAAGACCUGGUAUGCUUGGAUUCUUAAAGAGAUGGUCACAUGGGAAAUUUUGCCUGUUACUACUAUAUUGUUUUUAGAGUUCUGGAAUCUGGAAUCUAGACUGCCUAAGAAUAAGCCAAGAAUGUGGAGCACCUUGUGGGAGUGAGAGAUGGCCUUUGGAACCAGUUAUAUAUGUGUUCCUUCCAAAGCGGAGCAGCUUUCAAAUCAAAUAUUUACUUAUCAUCGUUUCUCCCCCUUUUCUCCAUUUUUAAUAAUGGAAGGAACUAAAACAAAAGAACAGUGGAACUGCAUCAAGAGCAAUGAAGACUGGAAAAAGAAACCCAAGUACCUGUCCCUGUCUCAGUUUCUAGUUCCCCAUUGGAUGACCAGACUGGCAACCAUUUCAGAUCCCAAUGUAUUCCAUUGAAAUUUCUUGGUUAAAUUUAAUUUUCUCUGGGGGCAUGAUCUCACAAAGAAUACUCUUCAAGUCUUUGUCUCCAUAUGGAAUCAUUGAAACUGCUAUUUAUCAUAACCACUACUUAUGAGCCUGGGUUUGGGAUUUUGUGCAUGUUGAUCAGUCUAGUGUGGUAGCAUGACCAAAAGUGGGGGAAACGCUGCAGUUUGUCGCCUUGAAACCUGUUCUAAGAGAAAGCCUUGGUUUUGUUGGGAGGAGAUUUUUUUUUUCCAAACCAGCGAAUCUACCAAGUGAAUUUUAUCCACUUUAACCUUGUUAUAAAUUUAGUAAAAUCCCUCAACUUACGACUUUCUGUAGCUUGGCAAAAUUCACUAUACUAUUAUGCAGCUCUGAAUUUACCUAAAUUUCUUUUACAGCCUAUUAAAUCAAAAAACAAAAUACAGUGAAACUUGCUUAAACAUUCUAUCCGGAAUGGGAACAGGGGAUCCUUUAUUUAUUAUCUCAUCAGAUGAGUGAACUUUUCACAAAUAUUUUAUGUAAAAAAUAAAAUUCAGCUUUUAUUUUCUGCAAGGGUAUUUAUAGAAAUCCAAAGAACAGCUUCAAAAUAAUUUUUAGCAAAAAAAAAAAAAGUAUAAUUAAUCAUAUUAACUAAAUUUGGGAUAUAUCUAAGGGAGUUUCUCUUACCAUCAGUAGAUUUUACAGUGAUAUUUAUUUUUAAAGAAAUUACUAUUUCUUUAUAUUUGGGGGGAAGAACUUAAAUUUUAUCAAGAACUGUAUUGUAAGAUAAAUAUGCUUAUAAAUUUUCUGUCCCUUAAAUUCACGUCACAGUGCAAGACACUUUUCUUCUUUACAUUUAAUACAAACAGCUUCCAUUGACAAUAAAAGUUGGGAGCAGUGUAAUUAGUCUGAUAUUUACUGUGAAUUUGAAGAUUUUGUGAACAGUGUUUGGGGAAGAAGCCCACCUUGGAUUCUGAAGGCAUAUUUUCUUAUUUUGAUAGCUUUUCUGUUUAACCUUUUAGCAUGUAGUAGAUUUAAAUUGGAGAAAAGAUUUAAUAAAUUAAUAUAAUUAAGUAUUUUCUACAGGUUAUCAUCUUACGCCACCAAGAGUCAGACAGUCCUCACAAUUUAGCAAAUGAUCCCCAGCGUUUUCAGUAUACCUAGAAAAUAAGAAUGUGGAGCCAGUGCAUUAUUUAAGUUUUUAAGAGAGUUAAAUUUUAGCACACAUUUUGAAAUUGUAAUAUCUUUUACUACUUGAAAAAUAAAAAUUUUUAAAUGAGAAGGAUAGAUAACUAACUUGAGAAAGGAAGAGUAUUUUGUUCUCAAAAACAUGUUAGCCUUCCUCCUAAAAAUAGUGCAAGCCCACUUAUGAGUCACUAAAAAGUGUGAACAACUUGAGGUAGCAAAGAGCCACUGGGUAGCUGGCUGUGCGCCCACACGCACUUUGUUCAGAAGAGUGCAGAGUAAAGGGGCCUUCUUGGUCUCCCAGGAGCCUCUCAAGGAAGGAGAAGACAGAGCCCCCACCCACAAGUGCUCGGUUUCUAUCUCUGGGCUGACUGGGACUUAAGAGGAGGCAGAGAGAUGUCCGAGCAUGGCCAGUUCUCACACAAGCGAAGAAUCUGACAGGGGCAGAGGAAGGGUCGUCUUCACCACCCACUCCCUUCCCUGUGAUGAAAGAAGACUAGUGCUUAUCACAAUGCUUCCAUUGUUUUUUUCUCUGAAUACCAAAGGCAAUUAAAGUCAGCUUCAAAUGACUUGCCAGUGUCAUGUUUUGUUUUGUUUUUACAGAUUUUUAAAAUUAUUUCCUCUAGGAUCAGUCCUUAUCCCAUAUUUACUUAGCUUCCAAGAGUAUUUACUUUCUUCUGUCCCUUACCAUCCUUUGCAUUUUGUAGACCUAUUACUCAGGUUAAAAUACUCAUUUCACAUAUAAGAUCUUCACAAACAACCUAGAGAUGCUCCUUUCCAGGUGCCUCAUCAGAGAGCUGACACCUCACUUUGUGCAUUUCGCACAAAUGUGCUGAGUAGAUAGAUCAGUUGGUACAUAAAAGAAAAGAAAAAUAGAGAUGUUGAACACCCCUCUACCUUCUACAUUUCUCUCUUAGAAAUUUAGAAUCACACUUUUUUGUUGAAACUGGUCUGAAGUUGUUAAAGCCAAGCGAAUGCGGCCCUAACCAAAAAGUCAUCUCUGCAGAAAAACAAGACCCCAGUCAGAGGGUUCUUGCUUUCUGGUGGGUUGCAUGUAUGUGCUGUUUUGUAUCUGACACCCACUUACACCCGUCUUUGAGCAGAUGUUCAUAUGUAAGAGUGAAGCCUGGAUAUUGGAGGAAUGUGUUCCUCUUGUGGAUGUUGACCCUCAUUCUCUGUGACGUCAGCUAAGGCACCCCUGGGCUGCCCUUGGUAGAUCGUAACCAAGCAGUUUGGAACCGUGACCAUUGGCUUCUCAUCUCCACUCUCCUUUGCCAAAGUCUUUGUCCGAGCUACAGAUUUGUUGAUAAAAGAUUGUGCUUGCCAUUCUCGUUAUGCAGUUUCUCCUUCCGCCUGGAUUUCUGUGAAUGAAUGCACGAGUGAAUGAGAGAAUGAGUGAACAAACAUGGAGUCCCUAAUAUGUGCUGAGCGAGCAUUGUGCUAGGCAUGCACUCUCAAGCAUUAGAACAUUUGUGAUUCCAGUGGCAUUUUCUGUGUAAGAGUAAUUCAUACCAUUGUAAAUGUUUUCCAGUAUGAAUUAUGUUACAAAAUCCUUAAUUUUAUAUUUCAUUUAAAUUAAAGAGGAAAAGAAAUGGUUUAUAAUAUAUUUUAAGCAAUGUGUUACUAUAUAAUACUAACAGCUAUAAUUGUAGUUAAUAACUAAAGUCUCUUGGAAAAUGUCAAAGAAAUACUUGACUUCUGAUGCAACUUUGACUAAAAUAUUUACUUUAGAAAUAAAAACAUUCUUUUGCUAUAUCACUUUAAUUAUAUAAUUAAAAAUUAGUGUUUUAUAGAAAUGCUGGUUAUUUUAUAUUCAAAAAAUUUUGUCAUGUAAGUCAUGGGUAAGAUCUGCAGUUGUAAAUUGUUCUUGCUCUGCUAAGGGUCCUGCUCAUGGUCCCAUGCUGUUAAAUAUAAAGAAAAAUAUACUAAAAUAUUUCUAAGUUCCAAAUAACAAGUUUCUAGUAAUCGUAUUUUGAGUUCUUACUUUUCUUUAGGUCUCCUUACCUUCAAAUUGGCUAGCUCAUAUCUUAUCUGUUCUCUACGUAGAUAUAUACAUAAAUACAAUUAUUCACAGAGAUUUUUAAUAUCGUCUGUGUUUGUUAACAAACACAAACACAGUUGUUAACUAGUUAUGUCUACACGGAUUGUAAGCAGAAUGGUUGAGUUAGCCAAAUAUGAUCUGGAGAUAUUUUAAUGUACUUUUCUGGUUCAAGAACACAGGUGAAGAUGAUUUUCUGUUACUUCAGCUCCUUCAGAUCAUGAUGGAAACAUUCUUUGAUCUAUAAUGGGUCAGCAAGCUUUUCUGUAAAGGGCCAGAUAAUAAAUAUUUUAGGCUUUGUGCAUCAUACAGUGUCCUAUCUCUAUUACUCAGUUCUGCCAUUGGACCAUGAAAGCUGGCAUAGGCGAUAUGUAAAUGAAGGGGUGUGGCUGUGUUCCAAUAAAACUUUAUUUACAAAAGCAUGGAGAGCUGGAUUUGGCCCAUGGGUCAUAGUUGUUAACCUUUUAUCGCAAGUUUAAUUUCUGUAAGACCCUUAUGUAAUCUCUGAUCAGCAUCUUUUCUCUGUGUUUGAGUUACGUAAUUCAUUUUCAAAGCAAAAAGAUGGUGUGUAUGUAUGAUUGUAUGGAUUUGUGUAACCUAAAGCUAUAUAUUUUGUUGUCUUGAAAAUAGAUCUACUCUUCUGGAGUCUGUUCAGGUUCCAAUCUGAUACAACUGUCAUGAAAGUGGCAUUUUUUGUUGUUGUUAUUGUUGUUUGGGGGGUAUCCUCUCAGCCAGUUUCCUUGCCUUGUCAUUUAAUGCCACAAUUCCAGACUCCCCAUAUAAAAAGGAGUGUCUCUGUGGUGUCAAAAUAUUGAGUCUCUCUAGGUUCUGCCUGCUCGUUGAACUUUGGACCGGGACUCUGGCUUGCUGGAGCUGCAAAACUCUUCCACUUGAGUACUCUCAGAUCCCUACAACGAGAAUAUGAUAGAAUCUCUAACCUUCAUGCUGCCAAAACCAAUCUCUUGAAAAAUUUGAAGCAACAGAAAAUGGGGUAUGUGCCUCAUUUGCCAUUUGGCAGCUACUAUUCCUUUUUCAGACUGCAGAAUGGUCCUGCCUCUGUUACCUUGAGAACAGCCUAAAUCUGAGUGCAGAGAAAAGAUACAUCCAAAAGGAGAGUUCCCUUUUCUCUUACUGCAUAACUUGCCUCAGUUCCUUUACAAGUCCAUCACAUUAUUUCAGAAUGUCAAUAUGCAUCAUAUUUAAAUUAAAGCAUCCCUCAACGUCAGCCUUACAUUUCCACUGUUGAACAGCUAAUCUCUUCUAAACUUUGCUUGAGCCCAGCAGCACUGGUGAAAUUAUCUCAAAGUUACACGACACCAUAUUACUAGUAUAUACGUUGCAGUGUACCAGUCAUCGUGACUGAGAGAGAUUUUUCACUAAGAAGUGUAUCAAAUAGGCAUUUCAUUCUUUUUGGAAAUUCUAGAGGAGGGGAGCCCUGUAAAUGAGCUGCCUUUCUAGGUCCAGCAUAUGCAGAGGGCUUCAGUUCGGUGUGGGUGUAAGUGUGAGCACACAAACACAGAAACCCACAUCUAUACGUGUUAAUAUGCACAAGAUUUUAAUCGCAAACGUCUUGCUGCUAUUGAAUGCUACAGAAUUCUAUGGCAAAUUGCUUACCAGGACAUUCCGUGGAGAUAAGUUCAGCUCGCCCUUGAGAAAAAUUAUUUCUUAGAAAACAAAUUAGUUUUUGUUGGAUUAAUUAAAUAAGGUAUCCCCCGUUUUAAUUACUAGAUUUGGAAAUUGAAAUGCCAUUCCUCAAUCUCACUGGUCUCAAAUUCACUGAUAAAAUUUUUCCCUAAACUAGUAAGUGGGGUAAGUAUAACCUCCUAGAUCGGUACCCACUGGCCGCUCUUGAACUGAUUUCCAGUCAUGUCCUCCAUAUGUAAUUUUUAUAAAUUAAAGGUAAUAUUGUAUAUUAAAGAUCAAAUAAAGAUGUUCCUUAA